AUGUCGUCUGCUGCGCGUGCCGCCACCGCCCUCGCGCUCUGCGUGUUAGCGUCCGCGCAAGACACGGCAACGCAGUCGGGAACAAACGCCGCCUACAAGUAUCUGGCGGCGGCCCAGACGGCGCGGCAAGCGACGGAGCAGAGGCGUCGGGCUCCCGCCCUUCUCAACGCGGUUUUGUGCCUACAACAGCUGAUGCACGCCCCAAUCGCUCAGGAACUCGCGGCGAUCCAGCAGCGCAGCCUUGCGCAGAUGAAGCAGCAGUCGAGGCUGGAAGCGCUCGAGCUGGCGAGGGACACCAUCGAGCAGGAGGUCGAUCAGCUCUAUGCCCCGCUGGUUCCAUCUACAACAAGCGAUGACCAAGAGGCGAGAAACAGGCGGUCGAUGAUCGAAAAGUACGAGCAGAGAAAAGCUGAGCUAGAGGUGAUUCGGCGGCGGACUGAGAAGGAGUUGAGUUAG